AAGACUUGCAGUGGUUGGCCAAAAUGGUACCAAAUUUUAACGAAGACCAGCUACAUUUUUGUGCAUGGUUAAUAAUUGGCCUGGCCGUGUUUGUUUUUAUUACUUCAUUUUGUAUGACCUUACCUUAUGGUCGAUACAGUCCCUACAAUCUGAAGUUUGGUGUUAAUGCACGGCUUGCAUGGGUGUUGCAAGAGUGUCCAUCAUUUUUGGUCCCAUUUGCGAUGUUUUUGAUCUCAGAUGGUAUGAGAGAAAUUGUGUCAUUGGAUGUCUCGCCAAAUGUUGUUCUACUUCUUAUGUUUAUGAUUCAUUACUUUAGAAGGUAAUUAGCUAGACAGGAAAGUAUUUUUGCACGAGGAAAUUUGACCAAGUUUCUGUGCAUGAGCAGUUGUGUGGAAAUGAAGGCAAACUAAAUUUUUUACUAAAUUUUUCAGAUCUUUCAUCUACCCAUUGUGGAUAAGGAAGACAGCUCCCUCGCCAUUCUAUACGUUCUUGCCUGGCUUUGUUGUUUGCACAAUCAAUGGCUAUAUGCAAGGACAGUAUCACUUGCAUGUCCGUCGCUACCCUAAAGAAUGGUUCCAUAGUUUGCAAUUUGUGUUUGGAAGUUUUUUAUUUCUGCUUGGUUUUGUCAUCAACGUACAUUCAGAUUACUUCCUGACACAUCUUCGAAAACCUGGAGAAACGGGACAUAAAAUACCACGAGGUAAUAUAUGCCAAGCUAUGAGUAAGCAGGGCAGCAGAUGCUGGUUAACUUCAAAACUGCUAGUUACAAGCAAAGAAAUCAGGGAUCCGGAUGGUUGAUGGUUCUAAGGUGGUGUUCAUUGACCUUUGGUCAUUGUCAUGGGCAUCAUAAGUAUUGCAUCGUCAAUAGAGGGAGAGCUCUGCAGAAGCAAGGCACUAGUCUGUAGUCUUGCAUGACAAUUUCACAAUCAUGUUACUAUCUCAUUUGUCGCUAUUGUUUUGUUGUAAUUGACUUCAAUUCCAAACAUGGAUUUGAUAAGGAAGUGGGUACCCCUGUUGUACCCAAUGUAUCUACGAAGGAAAUGAAACUACACCUCCUAAUUCUAUCAAUACUUCCAAAUUCAUGACAACUAUACAAUAAUUAUAAUAUGAAAAGAAUUCGCAUGAUGUUAUCUCACUCUGACAACAAUAAUUGAAAUGCACCCAUUAAAUGUGAAUUGUUGGUAAAAAAACCAACACAGUUAAAUUAAACUGCUUCACGAUUGGCAACCACAUAGAACGACACAUAUUGUAUAUGUAAUGCACGUUUUCCACUAUCUAGGAGGCCUAUUUGAGUAUAUUUCUUGUCCAAACUUCUUUGGUGAAAUUGUGGAAUGGGGAGGCUACUGGUUGGCAUCCUCGUCAUUUGUGGCGUUUGCAUUUUUCUUCAACACUUUGGUUGUAAUUGGCACUCGUGCUUGUCACCACCACAGGUACGACACAAUGUUUUAAGCACAACUUAUCUUGUGAGUGUUUUGUAGCACAUCUGCACAUGGUUGCUUGCUAACUAGUUUGUUUUAUUUUUAUCAGAUUUUACCAAGAGAAGUUUGAGGACUACCCCAAGAAUCGAAAGGCCCUCAUUCCAUUCAUUUUGUGACAUCUUUAUUGCUGAUCUGAGGUCAUAAAAUUAUAAUGACUUUUUUAUUAUUUCUAAUAAGUGGCCAUAACCAGAGUAGCCUGAAUUUCAGACAAUCACUUGAUAUCUCAAUGAUAUCCAUAAAAUAGUGCAUUUUUAGGAAAACAAUAUAAUUGUAAUAGUAUUAAAUAAAAGUAAUUUUUGAAUCU